AGCAACCAUGGCUGGCCAUGACUCAGGAUCUCAACACCAGUUCACUGGAUUUCAGAAGUACUUCAAUUCCUAUACUAUCACAGGCAGGAGGAAUUAUGUAAUAGCAACAUACACAGGCAUUGCAAUGCUCGUCUUGUAUUUCAAGCUUAGACCCAAAAAGAAAACUCCUGCUGUAGCAGAUAAGUAAAUGGUUGCUGGCAUGCCUGAACCUCCAGUCUGUGUCAGUGUAAUUCAAGCUGAUGACCUGUUAUGGUUAAUAAAAUAUAAACAAUUACUUGUUUUAUUGGAAAUAUGAAGUGGUCCAAAAAA